CUUUAAUGAUUCCGCGUGAUAUGACAAUGGUCAAAUUAUUGAUAUGAAACCUAAUCUUUGAUUACCCGCUUUAUUGACCUGGGCUCUUGAUAUCAUUUUAAUCGCAGACGGAGAAAAAGAGAGAAAGCAACCUGGUUUCGCCUGCGUGGGUUUGCCAUGUCAGGACCUUUUAAACGCCUUGUGUGACAUUAAACAAUCUGGCCUGUUGUGUGGAGUAAUAAUAAUAAUAAGUUUAAUAUUGGGGAAAAGAUACCUCACUAAUUAUACAAAAGGCAUGGAUAAAUCCGAGGAACUGACCCCCGAAAACGAAAAGACAUCUUCAAAUGAAGAUAUUAUCAGUAAAAACAAUAAUGAACGGCCUGAAAGAAUUAAACAUCGACCAAGCAAAAAGAAGAAAUGGAGACAUUCCGAAUAUGACGCUCUUGCAGAAUGCCGUAAAAUGUUCCGAAUGGAGAUGAUGCAGUUGGGAAAGGAGCUCUUCCAGUUUAGACAGAUGUGCCAGCAAGAGAUUUCCAAAUACAAGGAUCUUCUUAACAAGGCAAAUAACGAAGAACGCGAUCAAGACAACAACAUUGAAACCAAGAACGGAUACAGUACAAUGUUGGGUGGCACCUCUGUGGAACAGUACUGGAAGACCAAACUAGACAACCUUCAAGCGGAUAUGACGUAUCUCGAGAAGAAGCAAGCGCAGUUGGACAGAGAGCAACAGUUAGUGGACAAAGAGGACGAACUGUCCCAACGACUAGUCAGUCUGGAGAACUAUGAACAGGAGAUUGAAGAGUUGGAGUCUGUUCUUGACAAACGACAGACGAGGUGUUUAAAGCGCCAACAGAGCAUACAAGAUGUGGAGGAGGAACUUGAGCAACAGAGAGAGGAACUGGAGAACAAUAGACAGAGAUUGGAUGAAGCCCAGGAGAAGUCAGACCCCUCCACCACCGCACGCAAACACUGCCAAAAAUGUUUUAAGCUGGAGGUCGCUAAGCGUGGAAUAUUGGAGAAGCAGUCCGUUCUAGAAUCUACAGUUCAGAAGUACCGGGCGGAGCUUGCUUCUGCUUCAUCUAACAUAACAGGCAAAGACAUUCUCAUCUCCAAGCUUGACGAACAGGUGAAGUCAUUAAAUGAACAAUUGGAGCAAAAAGAUAAAAAAAUCAAGAAUUUGGAGUCCCGAUUGGUUCUGGUCAUAGAUGAAUGCCGAAAGACAGCCUCCAAAAAUGACAAUUCAGGUCUGUCGGACAGCGUGCACUCCACUCCAAGCAGACGACCAGACAGCCGACAAUCAGAAAGUAUAAACAGUGAUCUCUCCCUCAGUCGGUCUGCCUCAUACAGGGGAACUAACUCCUCCCGGCACCCACUGAGGAGAUCUGAUGGACUGGUUAGAAUGGACUCGGCCAGCGUGAGGCAUCCCAUGAGACUGAGCGUUGACAAUGGAGAGGACAGAUUUCAGAUGGUCAAAUCACCACUGCCUGAUAAAAGUAGUGCAUGUUCUGUAAUGUGACAGAAAGUAGGAGAAGAUUUGGGCAUUCUAGUGCAAGUGGUCAGGGGCAUUAACUGCAUGAGAGAGAGAGAGAGAGAGAGAGAGAGAGAGAGAGA